AAAGCCGCUGGUCCGCCCGUCCCCGCCGCCUCGGCGCAGGCUCCACACAAGUUUCCGCCGCGCGAGAGGCAAAGGCAGCGGCUGGGAGGACGGACGCCGGGAGUCGGGCGCCCCCGGCCCAGCCGGCCUUCCCGCGCGCGAUGUGGGGGCGCUUCCUGGCCUCCGAGGCUGGCGGCCGGGACAGCCCGGCCGGAGCCCGCAGCUUCCCGGCGGGCCCAGAUUAUUCUUUAUCAACAUGGUUACCUGGUAAUGAACCACUGUGGCAGGCUACAACCGUUCCAUUCAACCAUCGAAAUAACCAUAUCAGGCGACACAGUAUAGCUUCAGAUAGUGGUGAUACUGGCAUUGGAACUUCUUGUUCUGACAGCGUGGAAGAUCAUUCAACUUCAAGUGGCACAUUGUCUUUUAAACCUAGUCGAUCAAUGGUUGCUCUUCCUACUGCUCAUGUCAUGCCAUCUAAUUCCAGCUCUUCAGCUUCCAAACAUAGAGAAUUACUGGUAUCUGAUGACUCAAAAUGGAGUACCACCCUCAUGCAGACAUUUGGAAGCUUCAGUAGGGGGGAACAGGAUUCAUCACUAGAUAUGAAGGAUUUUCGGCCCCUCCGGAAGUGGUCAUCAUUAUCCAAACUCACUGCCUCUGAUAACUGCAGCCAGAGUGGCAUCAUGCACACAGAAGAGUCAAGAAGUAGUUUGGGAAAGGCAGGGAGAGGCAAGGCCUCUACAUCACAAAUAAGGACAACUGGGCCUACCUGCUUACAUGAUAGUAUGGAAAUGCUUAAGCUGGAGGACAAGGAAAUAAAUAAAAAACGAUCAUCAACAUUGGAUUGCAAAUAUAAAUUUGAGAGCUGUAGCAAAGAGAGCAUUAGAGCCUCUCCCUGUGCACUUAGGAGACAAACCGUAGACAUGACUUUUAGUGCCUUACCGGAAAGCAAACCCGUUAUGACAAGCUCACAGGCUUUUGAACCUCCAAAAUACUUAAUGCUUGGUCAGCAAGCAGUAGGUGGAGUUCCUAUUCAGCCUUCUGUGAGAACACAGAUGUGGCUGACAGAGCAGUUGCGGACAAACCCUUUGGAAGGUCGAACUACAGAGGACUCUUACAGUUUAGCUCCUUGGCAGCAGCAACCAAUUGAAGAACUUAGACCAGAAAGUGAACCACCAAUGCAGGUUUUGACUGGAUCAACUCGUCAGUGUUAUCCAUCUACUGGCUAUCAGGAUUUCAGUAAGUGGGAAUCAGUGCUGAAAAUAAAAGAAGGACUUCUGAGACAGAAGGAAAUUGUAAUUGACCGGCAGAAGCAGCAGAUUACUCACCUACAUGAGAGGAUAAGGGAUAAUGAAUUACGGGCACAACAUGCCAUGUUAGGACAUUAUGUAAAUUGUGAGGAUUCUUUUGUGGCUAGUUUUCAGUCACAGUAUGAGAAGACUUCACAUCAGGCUCCAUUUUCAGAUCCGACAGUGUCUAAUUGUCAGCAAGAGGAACUCGAACAAAAGCUUGCAUCUACUGAAAAGGAGGUUUUACAGCUCAAUCAGUUUAUCAAACAAAAAAUAAGCCAAUUUAGCGAAGAGAAGAAGAAACUAGAGGAAAAGCUUAAAACCAGAGAUAGAUACAUCAAUAGCCUGAAAAAGAAGUGUCAGAAAGAAUCUGAACAAAACAAAGAAAAGCAGAGAAGAAUUGAGACCUUGGAAAAGUAUCUGGCUGAUCUUCCAACUCUAGACGACGUGCAGAGUCAGAGUCUACAGCUGCAGGUUUUAGAAGAAAAAAAUAAGAAUUUGCAAGACACACUGAAAGAAAUGGAAAAAAAGCUUGAAGAAAUCAGAACACAGUGUCAAGAGAAGGAGGCACAAAUAAUAUGCCAGAAAAAGAAAGAAAAGGAGUUGGUAACCACAGUUCAGAGUUUGCAGCAAAAAGUAGAAAGAUGCCUUGAAGAUGGAAUUCGCCUUCCCAUGUUAGAUGCGAAACAACUUCAGGAUGAAAAUGAUAACCUGAGAGAACAAAAUGAGAAUACUAGUAAGAUAAUACACAACCAACAAGAUGAGAUUGACAGAAUGGUUGUAGAAAUUCAGUCUUUGCAAGAGAAACUUUCUAAAGAGAAAUCAACCACUCAAAAGAUGGUGGAAGAACUGGAAAAGAAAGAAAAAAACCUACAGAGAUUAACAAAAACAUUACUUGAUAACCAAAGACAAACAGAAGAAACAUGCUUUUUCCUGGAUCAGGACCAGGCUUCUGACCAAUCCAGGCCUUCUAAAAGACCCCUGUUUGAUUUGGAUGUGAUUGAUCAGCUCUUCAAGGAAAUGUCCUAUUGUUUGUUUGACUUGAAAGCUUUGUGCAGUAUUCUUAAUCAGCGUGCUCAGGGCAAGGAACCUAAUCUCUCAUUGUUACUGGGAAUCAGAUCAAUGAAUUGUUCAGCUGAAGAGGUUGAAAAUGACCACAGCCCAGAAACACUCACUAAAAAAUUGUCUGAAGUAUGCCAGUUACGGAGAGACAUUGAUGAGUUAAGGACUACAAUAUCUGACCGCUAUGCUCAGGACAUGGGAGACAACUGCAUUACCCAGUGAUCAAGUGUUGGUCGUACAGCAAUAAUGACCCACUGUUAAAUGCUGCUGUGUCACAAUUCUUCAUAUUUUUUUUAGUAGCCAUGAUGGAAAGUUGCAAGUCACGUAUUACUUGCACAUAGGUUUUUUGUUUGUUUGUUUUUAGGUUUUUUUGUUUGUUUGUUUUUUCUGUAGAUAAUUUUGCUGGGGUUGGGGAAAGUGAGGUUUUUUCCUUAGGAAUUUAUCUAAUCAGGUCAUAAAUUUGAAUUACCAUUUGAACAAUCUGAUAAAGUCUACAAGAAAAAAAAAAUGUAUUGUCAAACUACUGAUUAUAGGACCAAGCUGUGAAGAGUGUACUUUGGAUAAAAGGGUUAGGAUUUAUUUUAAUCCUGUAGUUUGUGUGUGUGUGUUCAUGUGUUACAAAAUUGAAGUCAAAAAAUUAGAAGAAUUUCUCCCAUCAAAGCCUAUAAGAAAGGCACACUGCUAAUUCUUAUAUUUCUUUUCUUUAUUCUAUAAGCUUUUAUUGUACUUUGGGUUUUUCAAGGACUGACUAAACAAGAAUUGCAACAGCAGGAAAGUCUUAUAAUAGUGAUACAGUGGGUAAAACCAUUUGUACUUUAAACAGUCUCUAUGCUGCUGAUGAGGUUGUAGGGUUGUGUUGAUUCUAGUACUAUAGGUAUGUCAGCUGUUUUAUCCAGUGACUCAUAGCUAUAAAAUUUUGAUGUGAUGAUUUAUUUCUUUACCAUUGCAAUAUAUGUAUUACAAUGUAUUUGAACAAAAUUUGAACUAAUUUUAACUUAGUACCAUUAGCAAUUUUUUGUUUAUACGUAACACAGAUUAUUGAUGUUGAAUAAAGCCAUAUAUAUUCAGUAUUAUCCUUAUAGGGUCUGAGGUCAUAGAAAAGAAAAACACAGUGACUCUGGAACAAUAGCAAAUUUUGAUAAAUCAAAUUAUCAAACAUUAAAAUGUUAAGACCUUUCAGUCUAUUUUAAAGUUGAAACUACUCUAACAAAAAAGCCAACCUGUAUAUCUGAAUUACUAUUUAUAGCUAAAUUAUUGCUAGCCUAAAGUAAGAUCUAAACCUAGAUGACAUUUCAAUCCCUUUUGUAUGGUAAAGAAUUUUUUUUAAUGAGGGCUUGUGAAUAAAAAUUGACCAGAUUGGUUUUUCUGAAUGGGAUAUCACUGAGUUACUAAUUUGUAAGCAGAUAUGCACACUAUCACUCAAACUUCCAAAUCUGUUUUUCUGUUAUAGUUGGAAAGUCUUUUACCAUCAGAGCAGUCAUUGCAUUUCUGGAAGGAUAACUGUAAUAAUCAUUGUCCUUUUAGAGAGGUUGGUUGAUUGUGUGAUGCAAUCAGGUCUUAUUUAGGUUAUGACUAAAGAAGUAGAAGGAAUAAGGAUUAUGAGUCAAGCAGGAAAGAGCAGAUUCCUUGUGCUUUUUUCUUGCCAAUCUAAUAUGAAAGAUGAAAUAUUUUUCCAUAAAUAUUUUCAAGACAGGACAUUCAAGGAAGAUGCCCAAGAAUGCAUUCAGUUCAAAAUUUAUAUACAGUUCUUGAUAAGUUACCUUGUUUUUCAGCAGUCAGCCACAAUGCAUUGUAGGACAUCAAACUAUCAUUCUUAUCAGUGCCUAUGUCCUCCCAGCUUUUUAUACUUCUAGGAUCUGGGCCCUAAGAAAUCAGUGUGUUGUAGAGAUUCUGCAUCCCAUGGUGCCUGACCUACUAAGAAAGGCCUUAGUCACUGGUCUGAACUUGACUUUCUAAUGUGUACAUUUGUCUUUUAAUGUUAAACGUGGUUUCAAGACAAUCAGGGAGUUGUGCAUUCGUACCAAAAAUAGGAUACAAAGAAUUCUAACUUGUAAAAAUUAGUAUUUGUAAAAAUGGCCCUGUAGUAGAUGAUUCCUUUGAGUAGAUAAUUCCACAAGUGCAGUACACAUUUUUCCAUUCUCUGAAUCAAAUCCAUCCCUCCAAUUAUAUGUACCACAAUUUUGGAAAUAAAGCACCCUAUGAUGAUAGUAAUAAAUAGGCAGAUCAGCAGAAUGGGGUCUCAAGGUUCUUAAAUGUUUUGUAGGUUUUUAAGUAUAUAUCUUAGAGUUUUAUGGUUUUUGUUUUAAACUUUCAGUCAUAUGUUUUUAUAUAUAAUAUGUACAUUUUUGUUUUCUAGCUUAUUUGAGGGUAAAUUUUGAUUUUUUUUAAGAAUUAUUUUUCUAAACUUAAAGAAUUUAAUUCACAUCUUGAGCCAAAAAAUUGUCUUUUUUUGGAGCCGUGCCUGGUGGUAUGGGCUACUCCUGGCAUCCUUCCCCCCAUAGUCGCAGAGGACCCAGGAGUACCUUGGAUCAAUCCCAGAGCUUCCUUGCAUGCAAAUCAUGCACACUACCCCUUUGAGCAAUUCCUUUGGCUCCUCAAUUUUUUAAAUAGGAAAUUAAGCAGUUGCUGCAUAUAUUCUUCAGUUUCCAAAAUACAUGGUCUCCCCCCCCCCCCAGAAGAGGAAAUUGGGAUAGGAUAGUUUAAAUAUAACCCUGAAUUAUAAAAUGUAAUCUCUUGAAAUCUGUAGUCUGUAAAAAAAAAAGCUUAGAUAUAAUUUGGAGAGGAAAUAAAGAUAGUAGUAGUCUAAUUUAUUAGUAAUCUGUUACUAUUUAGUAGUAUAAUUUAAUUUUAAUUUUUAAGAAACUAUAUUCUCCCAGCCUGUCGUGUAGAAUAGAAUAUUGGUGUCUCAUUGAGAGAAAUGUUUUACUUUAAGCCAAGUAAAUGGGCAAGUAGAAACACGAACUAUCUUGUCCUAGUUUGAAGUACAACAUUCUCAAAAAGUUAUUACAGUGAUACAUGCCUGAGGUGAAAAGUAUCCCAAAGUUUAAAGUAGCACUGUAGCACUAUCCUCCCGUUGUUCAUCUAUUUGCUCAAGAGGGCCCAGUAACGUCUCCAACGUCAAGGGGAGCUUGCCUGGCUUUGCUGUGCGGGCGAGAUACUCUCAGUAGCUUGCCGGGCUCUCCGAGAGGGUUGGAGGAAUCAAACCUGGGUCCACCAGGUUGGCUGUGUGCAAGGCAAACUCCCUACCGCUGUACUAUCGCUCCAGCCCAAAGUUUAAAGUAAAUCAAUAAAAUUUCCUUAGCUAUAAAAGAACUUAAUGCUUUUCUAUAUGAAAUGCUGAUCUUCAUAGGAUGUUUGAAGAUAAUACUUAUAUUAAUAAGAAAAUACUCAUGCAGCAUUAACAUUUAUUUUUAUGGGGGGCAUUGGAAGUUGAGUUUUUCUUCCUUAGUCAUAUUAAAAUAGGAAUGAAGUAACAGUUUACACAGUAAAAGACCCAAAUUACCUAUGCAGACAAUUAAGUUAGGGGCACAAUAGUUUUCAUUUGAUGUCAGAAAAAGGGAUGACUUCUGUUAGAUUUUAGUAAAUUUUCAGUGACCUCUACUUUUUAAAAGCAUAAAUGUUGUCUAAGUGAUAAAUAUCAAUUGAUUUUAAGUGUGGCCCUUUUAUAUCUGAUAUAGAAUUUAAUGGUUAAUGUUAACAGUAUUUUAGUGAAACUUAUUUUGGUCAUGGAAAUUUAUUUAAAGCUGAAUUAGACUUUUUUUAGUAGUUAAAGACAAUCUCAAGGGCUGGAAAGUGUUGCUGAAAUUGAUAUUGUGCAUUUCUGACCUGCUAUUGAAUUUUUAAAUUAAUUUUGUUAUAGUUCAAGACAUAGUAAUAGGAAUUUCUUAGAGGACAUUUUUAAAGGAACUACUUAAUUGGGAAGAUGCUCUUUUAAUAACUGUUCAUUAAAUAAUAUAGUGGCUGAGAACUUGGACUCUAUUUUUAUAGUAGUGUAGUUACUGCUCCAGGCAUACCUUUAAUGGAAAUUAUUGGCAUUCUCUUAUGUAGAUUUCUAUCACUGUAAAUAUAUAAUUAUGAUAAUUCGCACAACCAUGCUCAUUCAGACUGUUUCAUUUGAAACUGCUAAUAGCUGUAGCUCUCAGAGAAAAAGUUAACAUUUAGGAUUUUUGAUAAUUUCUUUUUCAUGAAACAAGUGAAACUCUUUCAUUAUUUGAUAUAGAGAGUAAAAUUUCCAGCUUCAGUCCAAAAUGCAAUAUGGCAUAUUUCUGUAUAAUAGUAUACAUCUAAUCAUGAUGGGGGAAACAUUGUGAACUUUUUCUUAUUUAAACAAAGUAUAUUAUCAGUCUAGUUUCAAUUCAGUAUGUCAUUAACAACACUUAUUAAACCAACACAGAGAGAACCUUAUGUGCCUUUUUGCCUGCAGUAAGUAUUCAUUUCUAUUUUAUACCAACUGUGUUGAUAAUUAUUGCACCUUGUUUUUCUGUAAAUAGAAUUGAUUAGGGAUUUUUCAAAAGCAAGGAGCAGUUUUUUAUUGCUAAGUACUCUAGUGAACAGGAGGAGGAGAUGUCUAAGAUAAAUGUCUUUGGAACCUAGUCUUUUCCCUAGUAGAUAACUCUUUGGAAUGUAGUCAUUUGUGUGUGUAUAUGUGUACAUGGAUGUAUAAAUAGCAUUUAAAUAUAUAAAGAUAAAAUUCAGCAUCACGUUUGUGUGAUGACAAUAGUAGUAAGGUGCUAGGGGAUUACAUUAAAAGCACAGCAGAGUAUACAAUCAGUCACUAUGACUGGUAGUUUUUGUUAAUUAGGUUCAGUGUCUGAACUUCCCAGAAUACCUCAUGUGUAAAUACAGUGGUCAUGACUAAUUGAAAUACAGUUAUUGUAAAAAGAAUAUGAAGCCACUGGUUGGCUUAUGCCUUCUGAUCUAUCUUUUGCCUCUUUUUUGUAAAGGGGUUGGGUUUUUGUUUUUGUUUUUGUUUUUUUAAUAGGGUUUACAGCUAGAAUUUUGAAUGCCAAAGUUCUAUUUAUUAAAUUAAAAAAUUUUCAAUGUUAAUGGCUAAGUAUUUUUCCACUGGACUAUUGUUUGUUGAUGUUGGAAUUUGUAUUUACAGAGAAAUAAAUUUUUUAUAAAAUGA